CUUGAGUGUAUUUGUCAGAAAAUUUGUUGACACCCUGGGUAACAGGAGCGAUGUAAUAAUGCUGCAUUUGGAAGCUUCACAGCUUUUUUUCUAAGGAAUCCAGCACUAAUAUUCCUCAAGGUCUGUGCACUAAAAAAUGAGAACGACAUCUGCAAUUGCAUUCAGCAUCAGUUCUAAAAGUGCCAAAUUUUGUGAACAGCCCUUUCCAGGAAAGAGCUGUUGUCACGCAGUCUCAUGUGAAUGCACAGUUGACUAAAGGCACUUUUACUGACUUUGAAGAAACAGUCUAAAAAGUAAAUUUUCUAGUUCUAGAGCUAUUUUUAGUUUUACAAAUUUCAGGAUAAGCUUGCUUCCCCACAGCUGCUGGUAGCAGGAAAUGACAUUAUGUGUUCUACUGCCCAAGCAGUAAUCAGUGUCCUGUGUGUGUCCCUGCCAUGCUAGUCAAAACAGGCAGAGUAGUCGGAGAUUUUUCCUCCUUAAGGAAUUAUACAAAGACAUUCUACCAGAACCUUUCAAUAGGAAUUGUUUUAGUCUGAAACUGUUAGGAAACAGAAAAUUUCAAAAUUCAAUAAUCUGUCUGUUUAAUAUAUGAGACAUGAGUUCAGCAGAACAAUUCAUUAUGAUAUGCAGAAGUAUCCUAGAUACCUGUGAGUACAGGAUAAGAUUCCUCACUCUGUCAAGUUUAGCGUUACAGGAGGUGCUUUCUCUUUCCUGCAGUGAUGUGUUAUUCAGGGUGUUUGGACAUUAUUCUCUAUAAACCUUAAAACCCACAACAAAAUAUGUCCAGAAUUAAGGGGAAAUUAUAGGGUAAUUUUACUGCUUCAACCUGAUGGAAAGCUUUGGCUGUCUUGAAAUAAUGUUUCUCCCACAGCCAACAGUUCUCCCAGGCUUCUCAGCACUCACCAUCCUGUUACCGCUUACCCUCCUGCUCACCUACUGGUUGCCCCAGAAAAAUAUCAGAAAGCAUACAUUGAUAUUUUUGUAAACCAUGAAAUGCAAAAUGAGCUGCAACAGAGGUUCGGGCAUGACUAUAAAUGUCACGCUUGAGAGCAUGGAAAAGCAUUCCUAGCAAUGCCCAUGUGGAAUUUUCCUGCAGAAAAUUAAGCAGGAAGUGGAGAGCAAGGAUCUCUUCACUGCUGUUGACUAAACAUAUGCUGUCCAUAUGUUGGAUGCAUCAGCUAGCUGGGGCCAAGUAAAAGCUGCAAUAGCUUCAGCUUGCUUUUUCUGCAUUCCAGAAUGAGCACGGUAUCAUGGGUGCUAAAUUAAAGAAGAAGAAACACAAGGAGACAGGCAGUCAUGCAGGGGUGAAUCCAUUUCGGAAGUGAUGGUGGUAAUUCAAGAAAUCUUUAGUGAUGGCUUCAGGCUUCACUUCCCAGACCUUUGUUCUUUCAAGCAAAGUUUAUUCUUUCACAUGAUGGACUCUGUUAACCAUACACACACAAAGUUCUUGUAUAACUAACCUGAACCCUUCGACUUUAAAUGCUCUGCCAAGUCCUUUACAAGCCCCCUUUCUCUUGAAGGAGAGGAUACAUUAUAGUCAGUAAUGGAGCAAAACAACAACAAUGUAGAAGAUUUCUCCUUGAAUGUUUUUUCUGUCACUCCUUGUCAGCCAAACAGAUCUGAUGCCCUGGUGUCAGAUGGGGAUAAAGCUGGCACCACUCUGCUCUUUUCAGGUGUGUUUUUGGGACUGGUGGGGAUCACUUUCACUGUGAUGGGAUGGAUAAAAUAUGAUGGCAUUACUCACCUGGAGUGGACUCAGUUACUAGGGCCUAUUCUGCUGUCUGUCGGGGUGACUUUUAUUCUGAUUGCUGUUUGUAAAUUUAACAUGCUUACGUGCAAGCCCUGUAAAGAAAGAGAGGAAAAUACGUCGGAACUUGACCAGGCUGCAAGCGGACAGUCCUUUGUCUUCACUGGCAUUAACCAGCCUAUAACUUUCCACGGUGCCACAGUGGUACAGUACAUCCCUCCGCCGUACCCGUCCCAGGAAGGCGCUGCCGUCAGUCCCGGCCACCUGCGCCCAGGGCUCAGCUGCUGCGCUGCUGCUCCCCCCAGCACCUCGCCACUUCUCGCCUCGGGCUCUCCUCACUUCUGCCCUGCCUACGCCCUGGACAACCUGGCUUUUACUGGAGAUGAGAGCUACACUGCUUAUGCUGCAGAGAAUUCCAGGAAUCAGAGGUCAGAAGACAAUUCUGAUGAACCAGAAGGACUGCUGGAAGACUAUGCCCGUAAUAACUUGUCACCUCCACGUUAUGAGGAAAUAUACCCUUUUUCUUCAUAAAAUCAUCAUGGACAAGAGACAACAAUCCUAGGAGAUGCUAGCAAGAAUCCCAGAAAAUCUCUUCUUUAAACACUUGUGUGAUAAGACAGUGUGAGCAAGUUCUUGAUUUUCAUACGCAGUAUCACUGAAGAUAUUUAACUGACCCUUUCCUUUUUCUCUGUCAAAAUUUGUUAGCCCUUUGCAAUGCAGCUUAAUAGCAGAGUUAUUAAUUAUUCAAUGGCUAAACUAUUAAUAGCAAAGGUAUUAAACACAAGGAUCCAAAUCCUUAUUAGGAUUCCCCAACAAGAAGCUUGAUUUUCAGGCUUGCUGAAACCAGGGAGAACUGUGAAUGCACAAGAUGUUUGUGGAAGACCAUGAUUGCCCCUGGACAUUCAGCAUCUUUAGAAAAUACUUGAUUUUUUGUUGAGGUAUUUUCAUUCUUGAUUGCUUGGGAAACCUCAAAAGUACUCAAGUGUCUGAUCCAUGAAAGCGCAUUUUAUGUCUUAACUUUGUCUGAUUCUUUAGAAGAGCUUACUCAUUAACAAGUCCAAUCUACAGAUUAGACUUUGUCAGCUUGCUUUAGCUGGACAACCAGUCCUAUCGCACAGCCCAGUCCUAUAGGCAUUUUUUGGACCAUCUUGCUUGAACCACAGCAUCUCAGAACAGAGAAAACAGAGAAAACAGUCACCAAAUAGUGACUUAUGACACUUUUACAUAAGAUCUCUAAGACAUCCUGCAUGCAUCAAAUUCAGCUCCCUUCCCCACCUGAUGGGAAGCAAAGCACAGUCUCCCACCAGGAGUCCUAAGUUAAUAUCACUAAAGAAAAUGGCAUCUUUCUGAAGCCUCGACAGAGAUGUGUCAUCCUGCCGCUGUUAAGGACUUUGACAAUCACAGCUGCUGCACCCCACUCUGCGAGAGGGCUGUGGUGAAACACCUCUGAGGUCCCUUCUUAUUUGAAUGUAUUCUUAGGCACACAACCCAGGCUGCAGGUUGCCCCUGGAGUAUCUAGGCAGCUGUAGGCUGUAGUAAACUUUCUUGCUCAAGUUCAGCUUGGUUCCAUGCAUUGAAUCCACCACAAUUUGAGAUAAGCUCAUUUGGCUAGAGAAUGGCGUUGCUGAACACCCAGACUGUGGGUUUGAUCCCCAAAUGGGCCAUUCGUUUAAGAUUUGGACUUGACGAUCCUUGUAGGUCCCUUCCAAUUAACAAUAUUCUGUGAUUCUGUGAAAUAUAUUUACAGCUGUAUAUAACAAAAGAUGAAGUGUAUUAGCACUGAAAGUUUGCAAUCCAGAAUGAAGAUCCGAAGAGGCUUAGCUCAGGAGCUUAUAAAACCCCAGAGCAAUGACGAUGCUACAAGUCCCUACAUUUUUGUUUUGUUUUUCCACAUAUAUUUAAGGUUCUGCUUUUAAAUGUGCCAAGAAGUGCAACAAGCCAGUAUUCCCUAUGAUGAUCCCAUUAGAUUUUCUCAUCUCUCUCAAAGCAAAAGCUGAUCUCAGCUCUCACCUGCUGGAGUGGGCGCCACACAAAACGCCCUGGAGGGCAAUGGUCACUGUCCCAGGUGACCAGGCAGUGCACUGCUGGUGGGCCUGUGGGUCAGUCUCCCGGCACAGCUCAGCUAAAAGCAGGCAUCCAUUAUGGAAUGCACCAACUUUCUCUUACUUGUCGAUGCAGCUGUCUCGGCUCUUGCCAGAUUUCAUCCACCUGUGAUUGUUCUCAUUCCUGCUGGGAGCUGGAGAAGCUUGGCAUUUGAGCACAGACAGUUGCACACUAACCUGAUGUAGCUGGCAGGAAAUCUUGGAGUUUCUGUGCAGCUCCUCCAGCAAUCAGGAGACAGCUCUGGAUGGAGAUGUGCAUUCAGAACAUUGUCCAGCUGCAUGGACCUGCAGAUGCUUGCAUCCCUGUCCUGUGCACUCCAGAGGUUGCCAAGAAAUAAAGCAUGGGGGGGGGGGGGGGGGGGGGCAGCACAAAACAACCACUGCCCUCCACAGUGAUGGACAAGACACUGACAGAGGUCAUAUUUGGGAUGCAAGAUUUAAACAGACUCAAAGCUGGAUUAGCAACUGCAGCAGCAGCUACUGAACAGUCACUGCAAACUUUGUGAGAGGUUUUUCUCGUUAGAGAAAUCUGGAACACACUGUUUUUCAGCAGUGAUGGCCUGGUGUUAGCAGGUAGUUGGAGAAGGGGAGGCACGUGUGUUUGGAGAAGGGGAGGCAUGCUGUGUUCAGCAUGAUCUCUAUGGGAUUGAGUGAGAGAACAGAGGAUCUAAAAAUAAAUGCAAGUUUAUUUUA